AUGUCCGAGUUUCUACCCUCACAGAAGAUACCUGCACGGAGAGGUUGUCCUUUCUCACCUCUCCUCCGGGUCUUGUGCAUUCAACCUGGAUUUAUCUGGACUUUGGCCUUGACUGCGUUGGCUUCAUUUUCUCGCCUGCCGGUCUGUCUCGGUUGGGUGUAUUUCGCGUCUUUGGGCCAUGCAUCUGAUCGGAUCGGCAAACAGUUUGGCGGUGAUUUUGUUGCUGCAAUUGUGAACUGUUCGAUUGGUUUUGUUGAAAUAUUUUCUGGACACGGCACGCCCGGUCUGUCAGUCCGGUCCACACGAAGCGGGCGCAAGCAGCGUGGGAUGGGGCUGGCAACUUUGAAGAUAACUUGGCCUGAUAGGCGUCCGGCCGGCGGGGACGGUCGGUCUGGGCGUGGGAGGGAAGAGGCAAAGGUUGUGAAAAGUCUUUUCAUUUGCUUUACGGACCAGAGCCUUCCGCCGUUGCGACUGUGA